GGGUUUCAGAGCCCAUCGGGUACUUUGGUACAUGGUAGCUUUUAAUUUGCUAGUAUUUCCUCUGUCCGCUGACGUUAGCCUUCGUUGGACGUGGCCGUUACCGCCGCCGAUUUCAUGCCGCUUGCCUCCCUGGGGUUGUUAGACAGAAGCUUUGAUUCCAAUCAAUAAGAUGUAUAGGCAGCCAACUGGCUAUGGCGUCGGACAGCCGCCGCAUGGGCAGGCUCACCCGGGGUCGUACGGUCCAGGCGGCUACCCGCCCCCUAACGGCGCUCCGACCUACGCUGGGGCUCCGCAGCACCAGCAGCAAGCAGGGUACCCCACACACGGCUUCCCGCCAGCCGCGGCUCCCUCCCACCCACCUCCGCACCCCUACCAGCAGCACCCACCUCGCCCCCACCACCCUCAGCACCCACCUCCCACCCAACCAUCCUCCCUGCCGGCCCCGCAGCAGCACCAGCCCUACCCCACCUCCCCUCCAGCGGCAGCAGCCCCAACCGGGUAUGGUACUGCCCCCACCGGCUACGGAGCUGCUGCCCCCACCGGCUACGGAGCUCCUCCCCCGACCCACGCUCCCCAUCACCCCCACCCCCACCACAACGUACCGCACCCCGGCGUGCAGGGGCCCCCUGCUGCUGCGCCCUCGGCGCCUCCCCCGCACUACCCCAACCACCACGCACCGCAACAGCAGCACCCCACCCAUCACCAGCAGCACCAGCAAAGCCACCACCACCACCAGCAGCAAGG